UGGUAACAGUGAUCAGAUUUGUCAGGAAAAAAGCUAUUUGGGCAACACUGGUUAGCAUUGUCAAACAGCCGGAGAGACGGACGGACGUCAUUUGAGGUUUUCUAAAUAAAGGCACAGUUUUUUGAUUUAUCAAGCUUGAAACAUGCGUCCAACUCCUGUCCUGAAUGGUGCCCACUUCGGCAACCUCGCCAAGGUGCACGGCAUUGUGACCUACAAGUUGUCUCCCUUCGAGCAGCGCGCUUUUGCAGGUGCCAUCAGCAACGGUCUCCCCAAUAUUGUGCGCCGUGUUCGCUCGAACAUCUUCCGAGUGGUCCCACCCUUCAUUCUGGGAUACUUGAUCUACGAUCUGACCGAACGUAAACACUCAGCUUUGGCCCGCAAGAACCCCGCUGAUUACGCCAAUGACCAAUAAACGAACUGUAUUUUAGUCGGCGCACAUUAGCAAAAAAUAGUGAUGUUAAGCUAAAUAAUAAAAGGAAACCCACAGUUCAAUUG